AUGGCAACUGCAUCAAAGGUUCAAUCUACAAAAUGUGCGAAAAAUGCUGGUAUAGCCACAUGCGAUGGCUUGCCUAAAAAUUGUGUUACAAAAAAGUGUGUCACAGCGUCACGCAUUUUACUUCAAUCAGCAUUUAAUUUGGACGAAUGGAAAAAUAUUGAUGCUGCUGAUAUUGAUAAUCUAAGUGAAGUUGAUGAAGAUUCAGAUGAUGCAGCUUCAGAUUUAAUUAGCGAAGAAGAAAAAGAAAAUUCUAGUUCAAUCAGUGAAGAUAAUACUGAUGUUAAUGUUAUUGUUUACAAUGAAUCAGAUAGUGAUUGUGAUAUCGAUCGUGAAUUUUCUUCACUUAAAUUAAAUGAGUAUAAUUCACCAUUAAAUCAUCAAUUAAAAAAAUCUAUUAAAAAAUUCGAAUUGUAA